CUCCCCGUGCAGCGCAGUGGAGCUGCUGAAGGGACUCUCUUUAUAAUGAGACGCUGCUGAGCAACAGAGAGACACUCACUGUCACUGGUUGUGUUUUUGUUGUAGGUAAAACUUCACCCAAAUCAGAUUCAGCGCGUUCGGGGAUGGUAUGCCUUUCUAUGUCGACGCAGAAGGUUGGAACAAGAUGAAAAGGGGACGAUCAAAGUGUCAGAGCUUCACCCCAUCAGAGGGCAGAAACAAGAGACACAGAAGCACCACACCAGUGUAUGUCCAGACAGGCUCCACCAAUUUUCAGAACGCCACAGAGGAGACAUGGGGAAACCUGCCGCACCAUGUGGUCCUGCACAUAUUCCAGUAUCUGUCUCUGGUGGACCGGGCUCGAGCGUCUUCUGUGUGCCGCCGCUGGAACGAAGUCUUUCACAUCCCAGAUCUCUGGAGAAGGUUUGAGUUCGAGCUGAACCAGCCGGCUACAUCUUACCUAAGGUCCACACAUCCGGAUUUGAUCCAGCAGAUCAUCAAGAGACACGCUCAGCAUUUGCAGUAUGUUAGCUUCAAGGUUGACAGCUGCACAGAAUCUGCAGAAGCAGCCUGUAACAUUCUCUCUCAGCUGGUGAACUGCACCAUUAAGACACUGGGUCUGAUUUCCACAGCGCGGCCGAGUUUCAUGGACGUAUCUCAGUCACACUUUGUCUCGGCCCUGACGGUGGUGUUUGUGAAUUCCAAGUCUCUUUCCUCUAUAAAAAUUGAUGACACACCGGUUGAUGACCCGUCCCUGAAGGUACUGGUCGCCAACAACAGUGACACGCUCAAGCUGCUGAAGAUGAGUAGCUGUCCGCAUGUUUCUCCUGCAGGCAUCCUAUGUGUGGCCGAUCAGUGUCAUGGCCUUCGAGAACUGGCUCUUAACUACCACCUGCUGAGUGACGAGCUCCUGCUGGCGUUGUCCUCAGAAAAGCACGUCCACCUGGAGCACCUGCGCAUCGAUGUGGUGAGCGAGAACCCGGGCCAGACCCAGUUCCACACCAUCAAGAAGAGCAGCUGGGAUGCCCUCAUCCGCCACUCGCCCCAGGUGAACAUCGUCAUGUACUUCUUCCUGUACGAGGAGGAGUUCGAGCCCUUCUUCCGCGAGGAGACACCCGUCACACAUCUGUAUUUCGGUCGAGCGGUCAGCAAAGACAUGCUGGGUCGUAUCGGACUCAACUGUCCUCGACUGGUGGAGCUGGUGGUGUGUGCGAACGGGCUGGAGCCGCUGGACGAGGAGCUGAUCCGUAUCGCAGAUCGCUGCAAGAGCCUGACGGCCAUCGGCCUAGGUGAAUGCGAGGUGACCUGCAGCGGCUUUAUGGAGUUUGUGAAGAUGUGCGGAGGCCGAUUGAGCCAGCUGUCCAUCAUGGAGGAGGUGCUCAUCCCAGACAACACCUACAACAUCGAGCAGAUCCACAGCGAGGUCUCCAAACAUUUGGGCCGCAUUUGGUUUCCGGAUAUGAUGCCCACAUGGUAGAUAAAUCCAAACAUUUCGACAAAUCCACUCCAGUCUACCUACGUAAACAAGCCGUUUGCAUUUGGCAAACACGGCAGCCAUUAGGCAGAACUGGGUAAUUAAAAUUUAGCAUGGGAAACGGAACAUCUGACUCCACAUCUGGAUCAUUAGUGUGGAAGUGCUGCUGUAGUAGAAACAUCAUUUGUGAUUGGAUCUCGACGAUAGGAUUGGAAUACAAAGUGUUUACAGAUCCACACAAGUGCACGCACGUGAAAGCCGUACAUUUUGAGGCAUUCAUUGGGCACACAAUGACUCUGUGGCACUUAGUCUGUAUUUUUAAGACAUAACCAGAAUACUUUCAGCGACUAAUUGUUGGAAAAAGAUGACCCACUUUUCUCUGAUUAUAACAAUAACAAGGGGCGAAUCCAAUGGUAAUUUGGUGACACUUUACAGUAAUGUUUGAUUUGUUGACAUUCAUUAACUACAUUAGUCAACCUGAUUAAUCUACAGCAUUUACUAAGCUAAGAUAACAAUAAGCCUAACAUCAAGUGUUUGUUCAGACAAAAAUGUAAACAAUUUUAUUAUUUACUCACGCUAAUGUUGUUCCAAUCUCCUGAGACCUUCGUUUAUAAUCUGAAUACAAAUGAAGAGAUUUUAGAUGAAAUCAUAGAGCUUACCCAGCAAACAAUUUUGUGUUUAAUAGACGUCUACUAGACAUCUAAAUGUA